GUGUACAUGGGAGCCCUCCCUCAACAGCAAUUCUCACCUUUAUCUCAACACCUUAGCAUCCUUGAGGAUGCUCUAGGGGGCAGUUCACCGGAGGACUCUCUGGUAAGAAGCUACGGAAGGAGUUUCAAUGGAUUUGCAGCCAAGCUCACAGAACAAGAACGAGAAAAACUGGCUAGUAAGGAGGGAGUGGUGUCUGUUUUCCCAAGUGGAAUCCUUCAACUUCACACCACAAGAUCUUGGGAUUUUAUGGGUUUCCCUCAGACUGUAAAACGAGUUCCAAGUAUUGAGAGUGAUAUUAUCAUCGGUGUUCUUGAUACUGGUAUCUGGCCUGAAUCAAAAAGCUUUAGUGAUGAGGGUUUGGGCCCUGUCCCAAAAAAAUGGAAAGGUUCUUGUAAAGGUGGACAAAAUUUCACUUGCAACAAGAAGAUAAUUGGAGCUCGAGUAUACAACUCGAUGAUAUCUCCGGAUAAUACUGCAAGAGACAGUGAGGGUCAUGGAACCCACACUGCCUCCACCGCAGCCGGAAGCGUAGUAAAGGGUGCGAGUUUUUAUGGAGUGGGUAAAGGAGAUGCAAGAGGAGGAGUUCCUUCUGCAAGGAUUGCCGUAUACAAAGUGUGUUACGAAACAGGGUGCACGGUGGCAGAUGUGAUGGCUGCCUUCGAUGAUGCUAUUUCUGAUGGGGUUGACAUAAUUACGGUUUCACUUGGAGCAGCUGCAGCAUUGCCUUUGGACUCCGACUCCAUUGGAAUUGGCGCUUUCCAUGCUAUGGCAAAGGGUAUUUUAACCUUGAAUUCUGCAGGAAAUAAUGGUCCUGUCCCAGUAUCAGUAAGCAGCGUUGCACCAUGGAUGGUCAGCGUAGCAGCCAGCACCACUGAUCGCAGAAUCAUCGGCGAGGUUGUUCUUGGAAAUGGAGUUACUGUGGAGGGUAUUGCCAUUAAUUCUUUUGAGUUGAAUGGAACUAACCAUCCUAUUGUAUAUGGAAAGACCGCUAGUACAUGUGAUAAACAAAAUGCCGAGAUUUGCAGGCCCUCGUGCUUAAACGAGGAUUUGUCGAAGGGAAAGAUUGUGCUAUGUAAAAACAAUCCACAAAUAUAUGUAGAAGCUAGUAGGGUUGGUGCCCUUGGGACAAUCACGCUAGCCCUGGAAGACCAAGAAAAAGUUCCAUUCAUCGUCCCUGUACCCAUGACAACUUUGACUCGUCCGGACUUUGAGAAGGUGGAGGCCUACAUCAAUUCCACAAAAAAGCCUAAAGCAAACAUACUGAAAAGUGAAUCCCUCAACGACACUUCUGCCCCGGUUGUGGCCUUCUUUUCAUCACGAGGGCCUAACAGAAUCGUACCAGAUUUUUUGAAGCCAGAUAUAACCGCCCCCGGUGUUGAUAUCUUAGCUGCAUUUUCCCCAAUUGCUCCUAUUUCGGACGCUGAUGAAGAUGACAGGAGGGUGAACUACAAUUUCUUAUCAGGAACCUCCAUGUCUUGCCCCCAUGCUGCUGCAGUUGCUGCUUAUGUCAAGUCCUUUCACCCUACCUGGUCUCCUUCCGCCAUCAAAUCCGCUAUUAUGACUACCGCCCAGAGACUGGACCCCUCCAACAACCCAGAUGGCGAACUCGCCUAUGGAUCUGGCCAUAUCGAUCCUGUAAAAGCUAGAAGUCCGGGUUUAGUGUACGAUGCCUCCAAAGAAGACUACAUAAAAAUGAUGUGCACCAUGGGAUAUGACACAAAUCAAGUGAGGCUCAUAUCAGGAGACAACAGCACUAGUUGUCCUAAGGAUGGUAAAGGCUCUCCAAGGGAUCUCAAUUAUCCUUCAAUGGCAGCUAAAGUUGACCCAAAAAAGCCUUUCGCAGUGAAGUUUCCAAGGACUGUUACAAACGUUGGCUUUGCAAAUUCCACUUACAAAGCAAAGAUCAGAAUCAGGAGUCGCCAUAUAAAGGUCCAAGUGAAUCCUUCCACCCUCUCUUUCAAAUCAUUGAACGAGACGAAAUCUUUUCUUGUGACUGUUACCGGAGACGGACUAAACUUCGAAAAGGAUCCGACUGCGUCUGCAUCGCUGGCUUGGUCCGAUGGCAAUCAUCACGUGAGGAGUCCCAUUUUCGUGUAUGUACUCAAGGAUGGAUUUUAA